CUACGUUGCAUUUAAUUAUCAUCUUAAGCAUGCUGUGUUUAUGUGGUACUAGGCUCUCACUUACUAUAGUCAGACUAGUCAUAGGAAAAAAGAUUACUGAGGUUUAAAGUCUUAAGUAUGCCAAAUAUGGCAGCGAGAUUUAGGAUAUGAUGACCUAAAAUCAUUAUUAUGCAUGUAAUUAUGAAACCAACAUAGCGUUGACCUACAGAUUUGUCUUAACAAUUCACUGUCCAACAUGUUCUCCUGAUGUGGGCUGAGAAGUAACCUCACCUUACCUUACCCUCCCGCCCCUGACCUAUAAUUGCCUCCAUAAACAUAAACAACAAAAACUAACAAACAAACAAAUAAUGACCUUCUUUUUUUCUCUUUCUUCUGUUCUGCGAUCCCCAAAACCCAGGAAAAGCAUUGCAGAACAGAAGUAGUAGUGCUGGUUAAUACUUAUCCACAUAUCUCAAUGCAAUAACUCUUCUCCUUUAAAACUCAUUCUCCGAGGCAUUAAUCUUUGAGUGAGCCUUUUUUCCUCUGGUCAUGACUGCCUAAGGAGAUGUGAGUGAGUUGUACUGGGUUGUGGAUAAGGUUUACUGAAAUUUGUGAGGCUGCUCUAACCAAUCACUUUUCACCACCUUUCUCGAUCAAAGCCAGACUUUUUGAGUGCUCAUACCAUAUAAACGAUAUUAAUAUUGUCAAACAAAAAUAUCAAAUUCCCCUGUUUUGUAUUUGUAUAAAGUUGCAAUAUAUAUAUAUAUAUAUAUAUAUAUGCAUUCAUACCUCAUAUCAAGCUGUAAGUGGGUUUUUCUACAGGUGGUAAAUAUGCUCUGAAUGACUUGUGUUUCUGGGAUUGCUAAAUGCGUCUCAUUUUGCCUCCCAAAACCCAACUUCUUUCUGUGGGCGUCUGGAUUUUUUGCACUGAGGCCACCUAGACAGUGACCAUUUCCAGUUUUUGCAGUGUACCAUUUUAAGGCCCUUGAAAUCUGUGACUUUCUUUGGAGCUAUUCUUGGGGGUCCUUCACGUCUUCUCUUCUUUUGUCCUUGUUGAGUGUUUGUUUUAAUACUAAGCAACCUCGACCUCCACCCCAACCCCAACCCAACUCAAACCCGCUACAGAUAUAAUCUUUGAAAAGCUAUAUAUGCUUCUUUUGGAGGCUAUUGAAACAAGGCCAAGUAGAUUCUUAAUAUUAUUCUCUUACACCUUCACUCUUUCUGAUUCCCAAUAUAUAUAUUCACUCAGUAAUAGAGUAUCAUCAAAGAGAAAGAGUUGUAAAAAAAAGUACUUUUAAUUUUUUUACUUAAAAUGCCUCCUUUUACUUGUCCCAUCUAUUUAUACGGUAAGGAGUGACUCUGCUGUUGCUCAAAUCUUCAGUUCCUGCUGCUCUGCUCAUAUCUCAAUUAACUUUUCAUUUUUAGCAAACUAGUAAUGGCAGAGUGGAAAGUUAUCAUGGGGAACGCCAGUUCUGGUGAUUUUAGCAGGAGAUCAUUGAGAGAUGAAGAUUUUGAAGAAGAAGAUAUAUGGUCAGUUAUGAAGGAGAGAGAAGAUUCAAAUCCCAAAAUGAGGAAGUCCAAAGACUACUACUCCUCUGCUUCUUCUUCUUCUUCUUCAUGGCGCGUCCAUGCUGCUCCAAGAAUGAUUCCAGCAGCCGAAGCGACCAUCCUCCAUGAAGCCCAGGCAGUUGAACAAUCAUCAGCUCCUGUUAAAAUCCCUGAUUGGUCAAAGAUUUAUGGUAAAACAACAAAAAUGGGCUCCUGGGCUGAGGACAGGACAGACCAUGACCCUGUUAAUGGACCUUAUAAUGAUGCUGAUAAUGAGAAUGAUGACGGAGAAGGAAUGGUCCCUCCACAUGAGUGGAUAGCUAAGAAGCUUGCAAGAAGUCAGAUUUCUUCUUUCUCUGUAUGUGAAGGGAUUGGAAGGACGCUCAAAGGUAGAGAUCUUAGCAAAGUGAGGAAUGCCAUUUUGACAAAAACAGGUUUUCUAGAGUAAUUUUAGUCUCCUAAUCUUAAUCCAUCCAAGUUAUGAAAUGAUCACCGUUAUUUUUACCGUUGCCUUAUAAGGGUCCCAUGUAAUCUCUUCUUUGUUUUUAUUAAUUAUUGUUGCUGAUAUUAUGUACUGUAGUAGAGUGAGUACAAGUCAGAAUUGCCCUUUUUGUGUAGGAAGAGAACAAAAAAAAAAAAA